CGAAACUAGAAAAGUUUAUCGGUGCCCGUGCCCACAUAGAAGCUAAUUUUGCGAAGACACACGUUUGUUGAGAAAGGUGUUUUGUGUUAAAAUAGGAAGACAAGACUUGAAAUAUCACGCGCAUUGAUUGAUAUUGAUAGAUAGAUUGAUAUACUUAAUAACUUAACUGUUGUUAGCAAACAUCAAUCAAUCAGUCAUCAAUGGCUGCACAAAAAUUACGUUUGGCCCUGAUACAGUUCACUGUUGGGUCUGACAAAGCAGCAAAUUUGAACAAAAUAUGUAGUCUGGUUAAGCAAACAUGCCUAGAUCACAAGCCAAACAUUGUAGCCUUACCUGAAUGCUGUAACUCUCCAUUUGGACAUGAGUACUUCAAUGAAUAUGCAGAAUCCAUUGUAGAUGGUCCAUCUGUUAAAAUGUUCUCAUCUGUUGCUAAAGAGAACAAGAUUUUUUUAGUAGCAGGUUCAGUUCCAGAGAAAGGGAAUGAUGGAAAGCUAUUCAACACAACAACUGUUUUCAACCCUGAUGGCAAUCAUAUUUCCACAUUUAGAAAAGUCCACUUAUUUGACAUUGACGUCAAAGGAAAAUUUUCAUUUCAAGAGUCCAAAACGCUGACAGCUGGUGACUCGCUGGCAACAUUCAGCGCAUAUGGCUGGAAAAUUGGCUUAGGAAUCUGUUACGAUAUAAGAUUUGCAGAGAUGGCCCAACUGUACUCUAGAGCGGGCUGCAAGUUACUGAUCUAUCCGGCGGCAUUCAGCAUGGCAACGGGUCCUUACCAUUGGGAGAUACUGACAAGGGGUAGAGCACUGGAUAACCAGUGCUACGUGGCUGCCGUCAGCCCGUCCAGAUGUCUCACUGCUUCCUUCGUGGCGUACGGUCACUCCAUUGUUGUCAAUCCGUGGGGUGAAAUAGUAACAAAAGCAGAUGAAACUGACAAGACAAUCGUUGCAGACAUCGACUUAAAUUAUCUGGAGGAAGUGAGAGAAACUAUCCCCAUCAGCAAGCAGAAAAAAACCGAAGUCUUUGAAAAGUUUCAAAAAGAAAUUUAAAUUUCGACGGUAUAACCUAAAGAAAUUAAUUAAUUCGAUAAUUAAUUAAAUGAUUAACUAGAAAUGUUUUAUUUUUGAAGAUUUUUGAGUUAUAAACACGCUUAAACGAACUUCAACUGCCGAUAAGAUUCAUAUUGAAUGUUAAUGUAUUUAUGUGAAAAAGGUUUAUAUAUGCUCUAUCUAUCAUUUGUAAAUUUAAUUUGAUUAUUUUAUAAAUUAAAUCUGAAAUAAAAUUUAAACAUAGUAAAUUAAAUAAUUCUUCAGGAAAAAAAAAACUUUUCGGAAUUCAAUUAUUUUGAAAAACAUUAUCUAUCCCAAUUAGUCAACUUUAAAAUAAAAUACCAACUCGACGAGACGAGGAGAUACAAAAAACAACAAUAAAACUUUCUUUAUUUUCAUAGUGUAAAAUUAUAUAUAUAUAUAUAAUAGAAAUAAUACGGUAAAACGAUAAAAUGAUAUUCGCGUUGUAAUUAUUAACGUGCGUACUGUGUUAACAUGUGAUGUGUAACCAAUGAAGCUUAUUUAAUUAUUAUACAUCAGUUAUCAAUUUUAUCGUUCCAGUCAUGAUUAUAUAUAUAUAUAUAUAAACAUAAUAAUAAUAUUAAUCAUAAUAAUAAAUAAUUAUUAUAAUAUUUACUACUACGAGGUCAUUAUUUUUUUAAUACUGUUCGACCAAAUUAAUAAAAAUAACAAUUUAGCAUCAUUUGUUGAAGGUAGAUAAGGAGAUAAUUUUUCAGAAAUUUUAUGAAAAAAAAGUUUAAUUUUAGCAUUUUAGAAUUUAUAUAGCGCCCUAUGAUAAUACUUAAAAACGCUUCUGGAGCUUGGUGGAUAAAGAAAAACGCUUUCAGUUCUUUGCGAAAAUGUUGAACAGUCAAUCCGGGUUGACGUAGACUGUCCGGCAUCAAUCCUGGCCUACGCAGACUGCCCGGCAAACUGUUGGACCUGCGACUACAAAACCACUAGUGGCCAAUUUAUCAUCCGUAUGUGUCGGAAUACGACGAGCUGUUGCUGUUUUAUAUGACAAAUUUCUCGAAAGAUAGUGUGAGGGUACACCGUAUGAGAAUUUCAACACCAGAAUGGCGAUUUUGGACAAUAUUCUUUUUCUGAUUGUUAGCCAAUGAAAGUUAAAUAGGGUGUACAAAUAUAAAUAUAUAUAUGUAUGUAAAUUUUCUAUAAUAUAUAUAUACACAUAUAUGCUAUGAGGAGACCAUAUUUUACACAGUAAUGUAUGAUCUCUACCGAAUUGUUGGCAUUAAUCAAUUUAAAGUUUGUCUUUUAAAUUUUCUUUACUAGAAUUUUUUAGAAAUUGUUCAAUUUAGUGAAAAUAGAAUUAUUAUUCAUCAUAAAAAUUUAAUAAAACUGUUGUUAUCCAAGAUGGACAUUAUUUCGAUUUUUCACAAAUCAUCUGCAGUCUAGCUAUAUAGUUAUAUAAACCAAAGCUGCACUGAGAAUGAUUUGUGAAAAAUCGAAAUAAGGCCUUUCUUGGAUAACAACAGCUUCAUUAAAUUUUAAUGACGAACUUGGAUAAUAAUUCUAUUUUCAAUAAAUUGAACAAUUACCAGAAAAUUCUAGUAAGGAAAAUUGAAAAGACAAGCUUUAAAUUGAUUAAUGCCAACAAUUCGGUAGAAUUCAUACAAUUCUGUAUAAUAUAUAUAUAUAUAUAUAUAUAUAUAUAUAUAUAUAUACAUAUAUACAUACAUGUGUGUGUGUGUAAAAAAAUUUUAAACUGGAAACGUAAUAUAAACGAAUGAAGUGAUUUAAGAAGCAUUAUAGUUUGAA